AAGAAAGAAGAAAGAAGAUAAAAGGUGUGAAAAGGCAAGCCAUUAAUAUCACCGUCAGUUACCGUACUCUGCGUAGCGGCGGAGGGUGCAGCGGAGCAAAAGGAAAAGGGCAAAAAUCUAUCUAAUUCAGAUUUCAAUCAAAGCCCCCUUUUUUUCCCUCACUUCAUCUGCCGCUUAACUUUUUUGCCUCGACGGAAAAUCAAAGAAAUAGUGGUCAGAUCUUGACGGGAAUUCAGGUCGAGGAGCAAAAAAUAAAUCAAGGAGGCAGAUUAUUGCUCGGUAUGGCCGGAUAUGUUUGUCGGUUGAUAAUAUUCGUGCAAUUUAUAUCGUUGGGAAUGGCGAUGGCAGAGAAGGGGUUGUGUCGAAUUCCAUCAAUUCACGAUGCGAUUUUCCAGAAUUUAUGUGCGUCGUCGGAUUUGACUUCGGACGGCAUCAGCACUGGGUUUCUCCAGUCGAGGGUUGCAGAGCUGGAUGAAGUUUCCCUGGAGAGGGCAUUAAAUAUUCUACACAAAAGUGGCAGCUCCUACAUGGCAGUGCUAUUUUAUGCAUCAUGGUGUCCAUUUUCAAAGCUUUGUCAACCUGUUUUUAAUACUUUGUCAUCGAUGUUUCCAACAAUUCAUCAUGUAGCUAUUGAAGAGUCUGCUAUUAGGCCCAGUGUUCUUUCAAGAUAUGGAGUUCACAGUUUCCCUAGCAUCGUCCUCCAAAACCAGACAAUGAGGGUGCGUUAUACUGGAUCCAGAAAGCUAGAGUCAUUUGUUGCUUUCUACAAAAAUAUUACAGGUAUUGAACCCGUUUCUCCCUACCUUUUGACACUGGUAGAUGGAAGCAGUUUGAGAGGUUUGGAUAUGGUCAAGGAUAUUGAGAAUGAGAAACACUGUCCAUAUUCAUGGGCAAAAUCUCCAGAGAAAUUGCUUCAGGAGGAUAAUUAUUUGACAUUGGCUAUCCUGUUUCUGGUUUCAAGAAUGCUAUAUUUUCUAUUCCCAAAGGUGUUAUUAUGGCUCAAGCGGAUAUGGAAUAAACAUGUUUUUCCUGCAGAUGUGGCCAGCACGAGAGAAUACUCACCAAGUUACAUGGAACGGAUUUUAUACAUCUUUAAUAGAAAUAGAAUUAUGAGUAGUCUGAAAUUUUAUAAGACAGGUAACUUCCAAGGAGGUGCUAUGAAUGCAAGAGCAUGGGCUUCGAAGUCUCUAGCUUCCGUUUCACUUGGUGAAGGCAGUUCUAGUAAAGCUGGUUCCAAUGGAGAAGGUCGUUAGGAAUAUUCAAAAUGAAGAGUUUGCUUGAGCACUUACAGUUUGUAACUUCGGGGGCUGCAAGCUCUAAUCAAAGGUCUGAAAGAAAUGUCUACAGCAGAUUUUAAUGGUGCAAAAGGUCAUUUCCUCUUUUGUAUAUCGGGGUGGCAUUGAUCACUUGAAUUUGUGUAAAUUGUCUGCCUAUCCUAGUUUAGGACUGCACAAAGUUGAAGCAGGAUGAUGAAAGGCUUCAAUUUCUUUUUAAAUUGAGCGCAAGGAAAAAUCUAAAUUGUAGGAAUAGCCUUUUUUUUUCUCAAAGUGAGCCCUUGUGCGGUUCAUUGUGCAUCAUCAUCCUGCAUAGCAUUCUUUCCCGUGCUUUUCAAGGUCUACAAUUAGAUACGUUAUUAUUUUAUUUUAUAUUUGGAAAAUUAUGUUUGUGUUGUCAGGGUUAGGUAUUCCAAACCCUCAAUGGUGUAGUAGGCAUAUCUGUAUAUGCACUUUUAAUUGUAUUCUAACUCCUCAUCAUAUUUCAGGCAUAAUUGUAUAUUCACUUUCUCUUGUUAGAAGCAAGAAUUUGUUUGAUA